AUGUCGUACAGCACAACCCAGCCAGGAGGACGUGCACCACUAGGAGGACGACAGGCUGGAAAUGUCGUCUGUGAGUUGAUCCCUUACGGUUCUCGUGAUACACAAGAUCGUAUGCUGAAAAUCGUCACCGAAAUGAGAUCAGGCGCCGGAUCAGGACUAUCACCGUUUGGCCAAAAUGCGGCCAGUACGAUCCGUGACUCACGUGAACGAGAAAAGAAGGAAAUGAGCGAUUUGAAUGAUCGAUUGGCUAGUUACAUAGAGAAGGUUCGCUUCUUGGAAGCCCAAAAUCGGAAGCUGGCCACUGACUUGGACUUACUUCGCAGUAAAUGGGGUAAAGACACGCACAACAUCCGCAACAUGUACGAAGGAGAACUUGCGGACGCUCAAAAGCUCAUCGAAGAAACGAACCGACAACGCAAAGACUUGGAGCAGCAGAUCAAGAAGAUGCAGGAUGAACUGGCUGAACUCAGACGAAAGUAUGAAGAAGCCGUUCGGGGACGUGAGGCAGACCGUGCAAAAAUUGAUGACCUUCUCGUACAUCUUUCCAAUCUUGAGGCAGAAAUUGCCCUUCUGAAGCGCCGCAUCGCUCAGCUUGAGGACGAAGUUAAACGCAUCAAACAGGAGAACCAACGCCUUUUGUCUGAACUUCAACGUGCUCGUACGGAUCUCGACCAGGAAACCCUGAACCGUAUUGACUAUCAGAAUCAGGUCCAGACACUCCUGGAAGAGAUCGACUUCCUUCGUCGCGUGCACGACAACGAAAUUAAGGAGCUACAGACAUUGGCAUCUCGUGAUACUACACCGGAAAACCGUGAAUUCUUCAAGAAUGAACUUUCAUCGGCUAUACGUGAUAUUCGUGAAGAGUACGACCAGAUUACCAACGUUCACCGCACCGAUAUGGAAUCGUGGUAUCGCUUGAAAGUGCAAGAAAUUCAAACUCAGAGUGCCAGACAGAGUAUGGAACACGGAUACGCGAAAGAAGAGGUGAAACGUCUUCGCACACAAUUGAGCGAUCUUCGUGGAAAACUUGCCGAUUUGGAAAGCAGGAACUCCCUCCUGGAGAAACAGAUCCAAGAGCUCAACUAUCAAUUGGAAGACGACCAACGCUCAUACGAAGCCGCUCUCAACGACCGUGAUGCUCAAAUUCGUAAGAUGCGUGAGGAAUGUCAAGCUCUCAUGGUUGAACUUCAAAUGCUUCUGGACACCAAACAGACUUUGGAUGCUGAAAUUGCUAUCUAUCGUAAGAUGCUAGAAGGUGAAGAAAAUCGCGCCGGUCUCAAGCAACUAGUCGAGCAAGUCGUCAAGACUCAUGCUAUUUCACAAGAAAUGGAUACCGAAACAAUGAGAGUUGUAAAGGGUGAGACCGCUUCACGUCAGUCAUUCCAACGAUCGGCCAAAGGAAACGUGUCCAUUCAUUGGUUUUUAGGCUCAGGAUUGCCAAUUCCAUUGGUAACUUUCGAAUCGAGUUCUAUUAAGGAAGCUUCACCAGAUGGCAAGUUCAUCGUUCUACAGAACACCCAUCGCGCUAAAGAUGAGUCGAUCGGCGAAUGGAAGCUGAAGCGCCGCAUCGAUGGAAAGCGCGAAAUCGUGUACACCCUCCCGAAGGACUAUGUUCUGCGUGCUGGUAAAAGUGUCAAGAUCUUCGCACGUAACCAAGGGGUUGCGUCGCCUCCUGAUCAGCUGGUCUAUGACGGCGAAGACUCAUUCGGCUCUGGAAAUUCCGUCCAGACCAUACUCUUCAACAAAGAGGGAGAAGAACGCGCCACGCAUAUUCAGCGUCAAAGCAACACCUAA